GGGGGCGGAGCCGCGCGCACUUUGUUCUGGACCUCCGCUACCUGCUUCCCUUCGGUCUCAAGGGUAAUCUAAAAGUCAUAAAAGAUUAUUGCACUGUCGCUGGAGAAGAUGGAAACAGCAGGAACUGUGUCUAAUGGAGGAGGGCCUGUUUAUGAGGAGAAAGAAGAAACUCUCAGUCCGGAGGACCUGUCUGAGAUGCUAGCAGCAGGAACAAAGGAGGUCCAUGAAAAGGCUGAAAACACUCAGUUUGUCAAAGAUUUUCUCAGGGGACGCAUCCGCAAAGAGCUGUUCAAGCUUGGCGCUGUGGCACUUUACUACACAUACUCGGCCAUGGAGGAGGAAAUUGAAAGGAACAAGGACCAUCCCCACUUUGCUCCUCUUUAUUUCCCGGCAGAGCUGCACCGCCAUGAGGCUCUGGCCCGAGACCUGGAGUACUUUUACGGUCCCGACUGGGAGAGUCAGGUCAGCUGCUCCCCAGCUACGCAGCGCUACGUGGACCGAAUCCACCAAGUUGGCCAGGAAGACCCCGUGCUGCUGGUGGCCCACGCCUACACCCGAUACAUGGGAGACCUGUCGGGGGGGCAAGUGCUGAAGAAGGUGGCGCAGAGAGCGUUGAAGCUGCCGCCCACAGGAGAGGGUCUGGAGUUCUAUCAGUUUGAGGCCAUCCAUAGUGCCAAAGCGUUUAAGCAGCUGUACCGAAGUCGCAUGAACGAGCUGGACCUCAACGUGGAAACAAAGAAGAAGCUGGUGGACGAGGCCGUCAAGGCCUUCCUGUUUAACAUGGAGGUGUUUGAUGAGUUAGAGGAGAUGGGAAAAUCCAUCCAGGAGGAAGUUCUGGAUGCCGGUAUGCCCGUCCAUGGAACAACGGGGGGAGACAUCAGCAAGUGCCCCUACUAUGCCGCACAAAUGGCUGCCUCCGGUGGAAAAGCGUACGUCUGUCAGCUGGCCAUGGCCGUCCUCCGACACCCAACGGGACAGGUGCUGUGUGCCACCUGGUGUGCUGCCUUAGCUGGAUUGCUUGCAUGGUACCUGAUGUGACCUGAACCUGGGUCCGUUACCCUGCUGCCGGGUGGGAAACACGACAGAGGAUCGGAGACGGGAGGACAGCGAGGAGACGGAGAAAUUUCCACCAUGUCGUCGUUUAAUCAAAACAUUCAAGCUCAGCUCCAAGCCUAUUUCAUGUGUCCUAGAAUCGGAAGCUUAAAAUAGCCUGGGAUCGCUCUCCAGCUGUGCAGUUCAAACAAAAAGAGCAUUAGGACCAUUAAGACGUCGAUGUUAUCCAUCAAGCCGCAGCUUGAUACAGUGUUCUCCACCGCUUUCACAAUAUGCUGUGCAAAUAUUUGCCAUUACUGAUAGAACUGUCAUUUUAACUCAAAUUAAAUCAGUAUUUUAGUUUAAAUCUAACCAUAAUUUAUCAUAAUCAUAGACAAGCUUAUGAUUCAGGGUUUCACAAACUGUGAUUACAUUUGAAGCACCAGAGACAAAUAUAUACAUAUAUAAAAAAUGGUUUAAAUGGUUAAAAAAGCGUAUAAACUGGUCAAGUUGUUACAUUUCUUGUAGUUUCAUUCAGCAGUUUGGAUGAAUAGAAAAAUUCUAUUGAUUAUGCAAAACGAUGAUGGUCACAUCAGAUGUGCAACAUACGUCCGAUUCCUGACGUUAUCGUUGCUCUUUCCCAACUCUUUAUCCUUCCCACGCUCCUUUUGUGGUUUCAUAAUUGAACUGAUUUAUUUUCCCUUGAAAAUCUGGGCUUGCUGAACAGUGAUAUCUUAUUUAAACAGUGUAUUUAUCCAGGAGACUCGACAGGUCGCGCUGAUCAGGCCUUGAAUGAGAACAAGUGUCAGCGUUUGUCUCGUCACGGCUGCUGUUUUCUACUAUUUCACAUUUAUUUCCCAGACGCUUGUGUUUGUCUGUCCUGAAAGCCAGUAAUAGGAUUCAUGAGCUUUUCAGUUUUUUGGCAUGAGGACGACAAACAGCUAGAAGUAAAUAUGCAGAAUAUGUUGAUACCUGCCAGUGCAUGUUCACUUAUGCUAUUUUGCUGUUGGGAACAUCUGUGAUCGUGCAUCUUGUAUUAGUAUGGGUUUAAAAAAACAAACAAAAACCUGCCUGUUGAUAUAAUUGCACAGCUUAAAUAUCCAAAAAUGAAUGAAUCAUUGCUGGUGUAGUAAUACCUCUCCCUGGAGCCUAUAUUAGGACCAAGGGGUGAUUCCAUGGUUUUAGAAGGAAAUAACCUUUUUUUUUUUUUUUUAAAUAAUAAUAAUGCUUUAUUCUUGUAAUAGACUUUUACUUGAAGGUUACUUACAGUAUAUCUGAGUGUUACGGUUUAUGCAUCCAUUUCUGAUGGAUGUAACUAAUUUAAACUCUUAUUGACCUGUGUAGGCAUCACCAAUACUGUAUAUAGGGGUAAUUCCCAGAUAGAUAAGAUUAAUUCAGUGGUGUGAAUACAGUAUGUAGCGUACGUAAAGAUGAAUAUUUAUCCUGAACUUUGUUUUCCUCCUCCGUGGCAGUUCAGACUCGGAUGACCAAAACGUACCAGCGGAAAAGCAACACUUCAGUCAGGUUGUCUGUGCCGGUAAUUUGCACAACGGCAUUCAUGCAGAAAUGGAUGUGCGGUAUUUUUUUUUUCCUUCAGGGUAACGGUUGUAGUGCAGCUCAUCGAUAUUAGACACAGAGAAAUAGGAAUAAUGAUGUUUUGUAUUUUGAAAGUCUCAGGUUCACGUUGGGCGUUACAUGGAGGACUGAUGCAAAGGCUGUUUGAUACACACCUGUGUGUUUCAUGUUAAUUCAUUUUUACAAUGCAAGCAAGGUGAAUGGCUUUGCUUCAGUGUUUUUUGACAAACGGAAGAGGCGUGACGGCGAUAUAUGAAAUUCUUUUGAUUAAUUCAUGUUGAUUUUGAAUUGUUGCAUUUUCAUUAACUCUCCUCUAAUCCCUUUGUGCAUCUAUUAAAAGCUUUAUCAGUGACCGACUAGAACACUCUCAUUGUGUGAGAUUAUGCUGUCAAUGAUUAAAAUGUUUCCACGUUCAUGAUGAAACAAACUCGAUUCAUUGGGGUUUUGGGUCACAGCUGAUUUAUCGACAGGAGGCAGCUGGAGGCUUUUCCAUGUGGACUUCACCCUGUUGAGCUCAUGUUUGAUCGAUUGAAAAAAAAAACAACUAGAGUAUGAUGUAAAAACAAGCAUAAAAAGAUACAGCAAAUGUUUUUGUUACGCUUCUUGGAAAUAAAUGUUAUUCUGA